AGUUCAGAGUGUUUCUUCAUUGCUGGUCGUGCAGGCUCGCGGGGGGCUGAGAGACUUUAACACAGUCUCGGUUUAUUUUUUAGACGGUUUCUGGAGCGCGUGCGAGGAUGCAGCGAGUACCUGUCCUAGCGCUCGUGCUCGCGCUGUGGAGCGGGGUCGCGCGCUCGGACACACCUGCAAAUUGCACCUACGAGGAGCUGCUGGGCACGUGGAGCUUUCAGGUGUCCGAUGUGGGGAAGGACAGAAACAUAAACUGCUCGGCACCAGGUCCGGUAGUGAAGACCAUCACGGUGACCCUACAGAAGCUCUCUGUUGCCGUGGACGACCUCGGCCACACCGGCUUCUUCACGCUCAUCUACAACCAGGGCUUUGAGGUGGUGCUGAACGACUACAAGUGGUUCGGCUUCUUCAAGUACUCUCAGCAGGGCUCCAAAGUGACCAGUUACUGUGACCAGACGCUGCCCGGGUGGGUUCACGAUGUUCUGGGGAAUAACUGGGCGUGUUUUACGGGGAAGAAGGUCCAGCCCAUUCCACCCAAAUCUGCCCAAAGGCCCGCCCACACCCUCACACACAACCCGUUCCUGCAGAUGUAUAAGUACGAUCUGGACUUUGUGGAGAGGAUUAACUCUGUCCAGAAGUCGUGGAGAGCUGCAGCAUACUGGGAGCAUGAGACCUUCACCAUCCAGCAGCUCAUACAAAGAGCAGGAGGGCGAUCGUCCCACGUCCCACAGCGUGUCCGACCCGCCCCUGUUACCGCGGAGAUGCUGAAGAUGGCGGCAGGUCUUCCAGAGCACUGGGACUGGAGAGACGUCAACGGGGUCAGUUAUGUCAGUCCGGUCCGCAACCAAGCGUCGUGUGGAAGCUGCUACUCGUUCGCCUCGAUGGGGAUGCUGGAGGCCAGAAUCAGAAUCUUAACCAACAACUCAGACUCCCCUGUGUUCAGCCCUCAGCAGGUCGUCUCCUGCUCCCAGUAUUCCCAAGGUUGUGACGGCGGUUUUCCGUACCUGAUCGGUAAAUAUAUCCAGGAUUUCGGAAUCGUGGAGGAGAAGUGUUUUCCGUACACAGCUAGAGAUUCCCCGUGCAAGGUUCCGGCCGAGUGCGCGCGUUACUACACCUCCGACUACCACUACGUGGGCGGGUUUUAUGGGGGCUGCAGCGAGACGGCGAUGAUGCUGGAGCUGGUGAGGGAUGGCCCCCUGGGAGUGGCUUUGGAGGUCUACCCUGACUUCAUGCACUAUAAGGAGGGGAUUUAUCACCACACGGGCCUGCGCGACACAGUCAACCCCUUCGAGGUCACCAACCACGCCGUGCUGCUGGUGGGCUAUGGCCGCUGCCACAAAACCGGAGAGAAGUACUGGAUUGUGAAGAACAGCUGGGGGUCCGGGUGGGGCGAGAACGGCUACUUCCGAAUCCGCCGCGGGACGGACGAGUGCGCCAUCGAGAGCAUCGCCGUAGCCGCCACGCCCGUCGCUCAGCUGUGAGGAGAUUAGAUCACAUGCAUCUUCGUGGAUGCCCAUUGAUUUUCUAAAUGAUGCUGCAAGUGAGUUUAAUCAAUAGUUCAGUGAAAAAAUCAGAUUCCCCAGUCAAAUGUAGUCGAUCAGCCAAGUCAUGUUUGCUUCCUUGACGUCCAUCUUCUAAUCGGUGAGUGUUUGGAGGCUGAUCGGCUGCAUUUGGGGAAGGUGGGUAAUUGGUGAUUUUUGGCUGAACUGUCGCUUUACGUGUGCUCGUGCUGCUUUGUGCCUGUGUGAGUUUAGUCUGUCUUAAGCAGUUUUAAGGGAAAAGUGGCCACUUCGGCGUUUUAAUGUGAAUUUUUUUUCUUCUAAAAGACUCCUUAGGUGACAAGAUAAAGGCCGUGACUCGUUCACACACAGAAUAUUAAGGUAACGCAGUUGCUGAGGGGUGCACAGGUGGUCUUUCUGAAUUUUUUUUUAAAGUCUGUUAGUGAGUUUAAUCUCAAAUCCAUCAGGUUUUUUCGUGAUAAACAUCAGAAUCAUGAUUUUUUUUUUUUUCUUUGCGCUGCUGUGCGGCCUUUCAUAAAGAGGUCAGGUCUGAUUUUUAAGGGAUUAUUAGUUCUGCCAAGGGUUUUGGAAAGGGAUUAUUUUCCAUUAGCAUAUGUGCUAGUGUCCACCAGGGGUCAGCUAUGGCCUUCUCCCAGGACCCAAACACUUCAGUUCACUGGGUAGGCCUUGUUCCCCUCUGCUGGCUGUAGCUUAAAAAAAAAGGGAUGUUCUGUUAAUGUCUGUAGCAUCAGAUAAAUCACAGGUUUUAAUCAGUGUUUUGGUGUGGGUUGUUUUGUUUUUUUUUUUUUUUUGUUUGCUAAUCUUUCACUCCUUUCACGGAGACCUGGCUUCGUCUCGCUGUGACCGUAAAGUCUCUCAGCAUUUUUAUUUGACAGAACACUUCUAGGGACUGUCCAAUUUGACACAUUUUGUAGUUUUAUGUAAUUUUCAUGUCCAAUAAAAGCUGCUUUUAAAGUUU